AAUAUCAAAAUCCAAAUGCCUUUGAUUUCGAGGAACUGUCCUCAUAUCGCCAAUCGUGGUGAUCUCGCGUUUAUUGAGAUUGUUGUAUCUCAAAAGGAAAGGUUUAAAAAAUGUAGUGAAUGUGAUACGGAUGAGCCUAAUUUAUGGUUAUGCUUGUUUCCUGAUUGUCGCUGGGUCGGAUGUCCAGAAACGCAUUUGGAUCACAGUACCGUACACAACCUAAAAUUUCCUAAUCAUUGUGCUCAUAUGAACCUUUCUACAAAUCGUAUAUGGUGUUACUCUUGUAACAGAGAAGUUAUUACCAGGCAUGUACCAUCACCACCAUUAUCACCUACUCAGGUGGAUAUAAAAACGCCAAGUAAUAAGUUUGCUGGUGAUGCACCUAUUAAUGUUGAUUGUAAAACAGACGAUCUUAAUAGACUCAUAUUGGACAAGUUCUAUGGUGAAUUUAUAAAUAGGGUGAAUUAUGAAAAAGAUGGGUUGUUUAAUGAAAAAUCUGGUGAUUCACCAGAUAGUACAGAUUCAGAUGAAAGUAAAGAUUUCUCUGGGAAACCAAGAGGUCUUGUUGGUCUUCAGAAUAUUGGUAAUACAUGUUACAUGAAUGCUGCACUUCAAGCUUUAUCAAAUGUACCUCCUUUGACUCAAUUCUUUCUGGAAUGUGGUCAUAUGGUUAGCUAUAUGUCCAAAGAUAGAAAACCUGGUUUAAGUUUAAGCUAUUUAAACCUUAUUCGAGACAUGUGGGAUAGGAAAACAAGAGGAUAUGUUGUACCACAUGGAAUAUUGUCUGGUAUUCGAACAGUUCACCCAAUGUUUAGAGGAUAUCAUCAACAUGAUACCCAAGAAUUUUUGAGAUGUUUUAUGGAUCAAUUACAUGAAGAAAUGAAAGAACAUAUCGAAGAUGAUCGUGAUAAUGUGUUAAGAUUAAAGGGACUAGGAGAACAGUCUUCAGAUGAAGAUGAAACUGAAAUUGAUGGGAAUGGUUCUAGCCAAUCAGAUGCUGAAUAUGAAACUUGUGAUUCUGGAGUAAGUGAACAGAGUUCUCUUAGUGAUGAAGGUGACCGUGGUACAAAAAGAAGAUAUUCUCGGGUAUCUCAGUCAGAAAAAUUAAGAAGUAAAUUUACAAAUAGAAGUAUUAAAAAGUCAAUUGUAGACCAACCAUUUUCUCAGCCACAGAGAUCAACACAAAACUCACCUGUUAAGUACAGGACUAAAAAACAAAUGAAAACUCGAAGUAUCAUCAGUGAUAUAUUUGAUGGUAAACUUUUAAGUAGCGUACAAUGUCUUACUUGUGAUAGGAUUUCAACAAGAGUAGAAACUUUUCAAGAUUUGUCAUUACCCAUUCCAAGUAGAGAUCAUAUUGAUAUGUUACAUCAAGGACCUCUAACUCCACAGAAAGCAGGACCAUGUUCAGAUGUUGUAUAUGUAACUAAUCAGUCUGGUUGGCUGUCAUGGCUUUUGCAGUGGAUGCGCUCUUGGUUUUGGGGGCCAGUUGUUAGUCUUCAUGAUUGUCUUUCUGCAUUUUUUAGUGCAGAUGAACUUAAAGGAGAUAAUAUGUACAGUUGUGAAAAAUGUAACAAGCUACGUAAUGGAAUCAAAUUUUCCAAAGUUUUAGAACUACCUGAGAUACUAUGUGUCCAUUUAAAAAGGUUUCGUCAUGAAUUAAUGUUUAGUUCAAAGAUAGCAAAUUAUGUUUCAUUUCCACUAGAAGGGUUAGAUAUGCGACCCUACUUGCACAAAGAAUGUAUAUCAAAAGUAACCAUGUAUGAUUUAAUAUCAGUUAUUUGUCAUCAUGGUACAGCUGGUGGUGGUCAUUAUACAUGUUAUGCAUUAAAUCCUAUUGUUAAUAAAUGGUUUGAGUUUGAUGAUCAGUGUGUCACAGAAGUCUCACCAGAAACUGUAAAGCAUUGUGAAGCUUAUGUGUUAUUUUAUAAAAAGUGGUCACCAGAAAUGUUACAAUUACGUGAUAAAACCAUGGAAUUAAUGGAAAUUUCAUCUAGAGAAUUGUCUGAUUUAAAUUUUUUUGUGUCUAAACAAUGGAUAAAUCGUUUUAACACAUUCUCAGAACCAGGACCUAUAGACAAUUCUGAUUUUCUCUGUCCACAUGGUGGUGUCAAUCCUGUUAGAGCACAAUUUGUAGAUAGGCUUAGCAUGCCAAUUCCACAAGCAGUUUGGGAAUAUUUAUAUAAUACAUUUGGAGGAGGUCCAGCUUGUACACAUUUAUAUGAAUGCCCAAUUUGUGAAGAGAAAUAUGAAUCAUUGCAGAAAAGGAGACAAUAUGAAAUGGAAGUAUUUCAGCAAUUAAAUCAUAACACUGAUAAUCCUACUGCUAUUUAUGGAUUAGCUAUGGCUUGGUUACGCCAGUGGCAAAGUUUUGUAAGGGGUAAAGAGACUCAACCACCUGGACCAAUUGAUAACAAUUCUAUUAUAAUGAAUAAAAAUGGUCAAAAUAUCCUCAAAGUGGGUUCAGACUAUGGACCAAUACCAGAAGAACUUUGGCAGUUUUUCUUAACAACAUAUGGUGGAGGACCAGAAUUAAUGUUGCAUUCAUGUCAAAGACCUGUUUCUGCUCAGUCUAAUGUAUCAUCAUUACAUUCCACUUCAAAUUCAAAUUUAGAUCAGAAUUUUAAAUACAGUCGCACAGAAGUUAAAUCUAAUAAACUGUGUAUGACUAGGAGUUCUGAAACAAUUUCACAACAAGAUAGUGCUAUUGAAAGUUUAACUUCAGAUAGUGACUCUCAUCAAACACAAAGGGAUGUCAGUGAGUAA